AUGUCUACACCCAGCCCACCGAAGUUUCGGGUCGCCAUUGUCGGCGCCGGGAUUGGCGGACUGCUACUCGCCCUCUUCCUGCAGAAAGAUGCGCCAGACGUCGCAGUAGAGAUCUACGAGUCUACCGCACAGCUGGUGGAGGUCGGCGCAGGGAUCGGGUUCUGGCCUCGGAUGUGGGAGAUGUUCAUCUAUCUGGGGCUUGAGGACGACCUAUUGAAGAUAUCUGGGAGUCAGGAUGGGUCCGCGCUGCCCGUGCACUAUCGCAAGGCGGACGAACCGACCACGAUCGAGUUUCAUAAACUGGCACCCGCGCUGCGUACAUUCCAUCGAGCGGACUUGCAGAGGCUUCUAGCCAAGAAUUUCCACGCGGGGCACAUCCACUUCGGCAAGCGCCUUGUCCGCUACGAUGCCCCGGACACGGGGACCGGUCCAAUCACCUUGCAAUUCACGGACGAUACUCGAGCGGACUGCGAAGUCCUCGUCGGCGCCGACGGUAUACGAUCGGCAGCCCGACGGUCCAUGUACGAGGCGUUUGCGGAUGAAGCUGGCCGUAACGGGGAGCCUGAGGAAGCGCAACGGUCGCUUGACAUGGCGGAUCCUGUGUGGAGCAGGGAGAUUUCGUAUCGUGGUCUUGUAUCAGCUCACAAGCUAGCCGCCCUUGGAUUCAAGGACGCAGACUUGGCCGUGAUCGAUUACGACCAGCUCUUCGGGAAGAACAAGCACCUGAUGUCGUACCCCAUCUGCGAGGGGACGCUGAUCAACGUCGCCGCAUUCGUCUCAUUCCCUACUCAUGAGGGUGAGGCCCAAGACAGCGGACCAUGGGUCUCCGCUGCUUCUGCAGAAGACGUGGUCAGGGCGUUCGAGGGGUGGGAUCCGAACGUCCGAACCUUGCUUGAGGCUAUCGAACGGCCGGUGCGAUGGUCCAUUCAUGAGUGUCACUAUCUUCCCACUUGCGUUCGGGACCGGGUUGUCCUGAUCGGUGAUGCGGCUCAUGCGAUGCGUCCUCACCAGGGUGCAGGAGCGGGCCAGGCAAUGGAGGACGGCUUUAUUCUCGCAGCCAUCCUCGCGCACGCCUCAGUCAGCGUGAAAAACCUAAAUCAGGUUUUAAGGGUAUACGACACUCUCCGGCGCCCUGCUGCGCAAGACAUUCAGCGCCGCUCCGAAUUGAACGGGACACUCUACCAGCUUCGAAGCACCGGCUGGGAGGAUGUGACAGAGGAGCAAAGCCAAGCCGGUGGGUUUUCUCAUGAGAAGCUGGCGGAUGUGGGCAGGCAGGUAGAGCGGCAGAUGGAGUGGGUGCUGGAAGGGAGCGUGAUGGAGGAAAAGCGUACGGCUGUCGAGGCGGUCGAGCGAAAGUUGGCUUUGAGUGAGCUAGUAGCCCAAUCAUGA